GAGGAUUAACAUCUCAUUUACAACCUUUAAAUGUUUUAAUCAAUAAGUCAUUUAAAGUAAAGAUGCGAAAAAAUUAUAAUGAUUGGAUAUCUGAAUCUGUAAAAGAGUUAACACCUGCUGGUAGAAUUAAAAGACUAUCCUAUAAACUGUUGUAA